CAAAUAGUGAGAUCCACUUUUUUUUUGGUAACGUAGAAAUUUGUCCUCAUUUUGGCAGUGAAGUGGUGUGGUCUUCUUCAUCUUCCAAUCCAACCAUCGAAAACCCAUUUUGAUAACAUCUUUCAAGAUCCCUUCUUUUUUUCACUUCCACCUUCCAUUCAGAGAGAGACUUUGAAAUGGAGAUACUUCCAUUUGAAGGGCCGCUUCACUUAGACAGACUAGAGGAGCUUUCAUUGGAGAGCCUUUCAACCAUACAUGUUGAGUCAGAGUUCGCCAAAAGAGAAAAGGAACUAUCUUUGAAAGCCAAAAUAGUUCAAGAAAGAUACCAAGAUCUCUUCAAAGAACUCAAAAUUAUUGGCUCAACUUAUGGUAAAACCAUUCAACUUUUAACAAAGAAAAACAAUGAAUUGCAGGUUCAAGUCAAGAAUUUGAAGGGUGUUGAUGAUGGUAGUAGUAGCUAUGACUAUGACUAUCAUUACCAACUUGAUGUGUUAAGAAUAAAGAACGUUGAAUUAGAGGAAACAGCGAAGAAGAAUUUGUCAACUAUAAGCGAGCUGAGGAAAGAAAACAGCAAAUUGAAAGAUGAGAAACGCGGGGUUGAGAGAUUACUUAAGUCUGUGGACACCAAGUUCAGGGGACUGCAUCAAAGAGUAGAGAGGUUGGAGGAUGAUACUGGACGUUUGAUGAGUGUAGAUGCCUCUCAAGAUGAAGAGGAUGUUGAUGAUUGUGACUCCAGAAAUGACACUGUGGAGGGCAAAUCUAUAAAGCAGAAAAGAGGAAAAGGGAGCUUGGUCAAGCAAGCAGGGAGGGAAAUUAUGUUGAAGAAGAGUAAAGGCUGUUGAGAGACAAUGGAGUUUGCUCUGGUUUUGAUUCUUGAUAUGCAAGGCUAGAAUCUACUAUAAUGGUAUCUUGUGUCAUUUUGUUGUACGGAGAAGGAUUUGGUUUAGUUGGAGAUGCCUUCUUAUAACCCAAUGUAAGUAGUAACCAUUUUAGAUGAUAAAUGAGAGAGAUUGACAUACAUGUAUGGGACUAGGGCAGUAAAUGUGAGCUCAUCUGAAUGUCUUGCGGGCAUCUUUGUUUGUUUGUUUAAUUUGAAGAUUUUCCUUCCUAUCUAUCUGAUUAACUUUGUUUAAGAACUCGUCACUCAAAUAAAGCAUCCAUCAAAAUUUAAUGAA